AUGCAGCCCGGUGCACCCGCCUUGUCACCAGAGCAGAAGCUUCGUAAGACAUUAGAUGCUUUCAAAGAAUCCACGCGAAUCCGCUCUUGGAAGCAUCUUGAUGACGACUGGACACAAUUGCGAGCCGCAAACUUGGUCCACAACAGAGCAGGUCGAGAUGUUGAGAUAGUCGGUUAUCUGAGCACACGGAGAGAUGUGAACGCCAAGCUGUCUUUCGCCAUGCUUCGCAGCAAAAACCAAACGUGGUGCAUCCAGGUCGUCUCGACUGGCAACAUUGAGGGUGAGGAAGCAGAAGCACACGUCCGUCUCAGGACACUGAGAGAGUGGACUCCUGUUAUGAUUCGAGGCAAGCUUCUAGAGAGGAGGCAAGCCAAAAACGACACCUAUCUUGGAAUGAACUUGAUCACAGAUCGGGAGAUUUCGCUGACGAGCAUCACACCCUUGAAUGAGAUUCCCAACGAUAUCAUCAUCAAGCAAGACACCGUUUUUGGUCCUGAGCAGCGGCAUCUACAGCUGCGCACUGAUCCUGAGCUGCGCAACAACAUCAUCAAGCGGCAAAAGGCUAUGCAAAGGGCGCGACUGGAACUGGCCGACAAUGGAUGGAAGGAGAUUGAAACCCCUGUUCUUUUCAAGUCAACGCCUGAAGGCGCACGAGAGUUUCUCGUGCCAACACGAACCAAGGGUUUGGCAUACGCACUUCCUCAGAGUCCGCAACAGUACAAGCAGAUUCUUAUGGCCUCAGGUUUCACUAGGUACUACCAGUUUGCACGCUGCUUCCGCGACGAAGACUUAAGAGCCGACCGACAGCCAGAGUUCACUCAGCUGGAUAUGGAAAUGUCCUUUGCAGCAGAGGAAGAUAUCAUGGCUGAAAUCGAGAGGUUACUGAGAGCUCUUUGGUACAGAAUCUUGAAGCAGAAGGUACCAGAAACAUUUCCGCGCAUGACCUACGAAGAAGCCAUGGCUUCGUACGGAUCGGACAAGCCUGAUCUGCGGUAUACCUCGAAGAUACACAACAUCACCCAGCAUCUGCCCGCAGAUCUAAUCGGCAAGAUCACACCCCUCCAGGGCCCCACGGUGGAGGCCUUCAAGGUUUCAAUCUCCUCCGACCCCAAGGUCACACGAAAGUUCAUCUCCAAGUUCUUGGAUAGUCCAGACGGCCGACCGUUUCUUGAAAAUGCAGACGGCCAACCAGGCGUCUUUGUGGGCGACCACUCAGCACCCAUGCAAGGCCUAGGACCCCUCGGCUACCAGUACGUGAUGGAGGGACCCGAAGCCCUUGCAAUCGAGCACGGCGACCUUCUUAUUUUGCAAGCACGCCCAACCGCCCCCUUCACGGGCGGCUCGACCGUGCUUGGUAACCUGCGCCUCGCUCUGCACAAAGCCGCCAUUGCCCAAGGUUUGGUCGAUCCACCAGACCAACACGACUACAGGUUCGUCUGGAUCCACGACUUUCCCCUCUUCUCUCCUUCAGUCGACUCCGAACCCGGUCAGGGCGGUACUGCCGGCCUCGCAUCGACACAUCACCCCUUCACCGCGCCGAAGACGCCCGAAGACGUCGACCUCCUACUCACCGCGCCCGAGAAGGCUGUCGCGGCACACUACGACAUCGUAGUCAACGGCGUUGAGCUCGGCGGAGGCAGUCGCCGUAUCCACAACGCCGAGGUACAGGAGUUUAUCUUCCGAGACGUACUGAAGAUGAAGCCCGAGCGCGUCGAAGACUUCAGGCACUUGCUUGAUGUGCUAAGAUCUGGGUGCCCACCGCACACAGGGAUUGCGUUAGGGUGGGAUAGGUUGAUGGCCAUUAUGUGCCAUAAAGAGAGUGUGAGGGAUGUCAUCGCUUUCCCGAAGAGCGGGAAGGGCGAGGAUCUUAUGGUCAAGAGUCCGAACAGACCUACUACGGAGCAGUGGGAUACCUAUGGCUUGCAAGUGAAGCAGUAG